CCCGUUCGCGCGCAGCUCCUCUGACAGCAGGCAGCGUGAAAUGUGCAACUUCAUGAGUUCAAAGUCAUGCAAGCAGUCAUGAAAGUAAAAUUAAAACGAGUUUGUGUAGAUCUACACGCGAGAGUAAUGUGAAGUAUGCGGGUUUAUGUGCAAGUUAAUAGUUUUUUAUAAGUGGACGAAGACUGGAGUUUAUCAGUUUGAUCACUAUCUGUGUGUUUGUGAUGUAAGCGGUCAAACAGUCGUCAGAUCUGUGUAAACUACUGAAGUUCGGUGUUUUUGUCGUGAUUUUAAGUGUUGAGUCUCAACAGGUGUUGUCAGAGGAUCAGAUCUGCUGGUGUGAUCCAGUCAAAGUUUCAUUUCUCUUCUGCGUGCUUUUCUGAUCGCGUGCGCGAGUGUUUGUGAGGCCUUAUGUGAAUGGAUCAGGUCAGGAUGGGUAAUCCUGUUCAUGAACAACAGGGGGCGCUCACACAGGGAGAGGUGCUGCCACGCCCCUCCUCCAGCCAAUCAGAGGGUUUACACCAGGGUCGAAGGGUUCUUAACUCUUUACUGUCAGGAGCGCUUGCAGGCGCUGUGGCUAAAACAGCCGUCGCCCCUCUGGACCGAACUAAAAUCAUCUUCCAAGUGUCAUCAAACCGAUUCUCAGCUAAGGAAGCGUACAGGUUAAUUUACCGCACGUAUCUUAAGGAUGGAUUUUUCAGUCUGUGGAGAGGAAACUCGGCCACUAUGGUUCGAGUGAUCCCAUACGCUGCCAUUCAGUUCUGUGCUCAUGAACAGUACAAGAGGAUUCUGGGACGGUAUUACGGCUUUCAGGGCAAAGCUCUGCCUCCUGUACCUCGACUGUUGGCUGGUUCACUGGCCGGCAUCACAGCUGCCAUGCUUACGUACCCGCUGGAUAUGGUCCGUGCACGUAUGGCUGUCACACCCAAAGAAAUGUACAGUAACAUCCUGCACGUGUUUGUCCGAAUCUCACGUGAGGAGGGAUUGAAGACGCUUUAUAGAGGAUUUACUCCCACUAUAUUAGGUGUCGUACCGUAUGCAGGACUCAGUUUCUAUACCUAUGAGACCCUGAAGAAACUUCACACAGAGCGCACGGGCCGUCCACAGCCGUACUCAUACGAGCGCCUGGCAUUCGGGGCAUGCGCGGGACUGAUCGGUCAAUCCGCCUCUUACCCGCUGGAUGUGGUGCGCAGGCGCAUGCAGACGGCGGGUGUCACGGGUCACACGUACGGCACCAUCGCGGGCACCAUGCGGGAGAUCGUAGCGGAAGAGGGCGUGAUCCGCGGUCUCUAUAAGGGUCUGAGUAUGAACUGGGUCAAAGGUCCGAUCGCCGUGGGCAUCAGCUUCAUGACCUUCGACCUCACGCAGAUCCUCCUGCGCAAAUUUCAGCUGUUAGGUUAUAAUGCACGAUAGCGGCGUGGAGACGGGUGGCCGCUAUUGAAAGUUGAGGUUCACAGAUGUAAACCUGAUGGAGACUUCAUGGAGUUUAUAUCAAAGUAUCAGAUGACCUCGUAGAGACGCGCGGGUGACAUCAUAGAGACGCGCGGGUGACAUCAUAGAGACAUGCAGGUGACAUCAUAGAGUUGUCCAGAAACAGAGACAAAACCUUUUAUUGUUUCUUUUUAAUCUGAGCGUAUGCUGCCAAUGAACAGAAGAGAAACUGUGUGACGUGUGGUGUAUAGAUGUGGAUUUUCUCCUGCAGUUGUGUGUGUUGUGUUUGUGUAGAGAUGCACUGAAUGUCAGUGUUCUGGUGACCACAAACCUUUAGUCCUGUAAGUGCAAUAUUAAUAGUGGUGAAUGUCUCUCUGGACACAUGUGACUGAAUUCAGAUCAGUGUUUCCCUUUGUGUGAAGAUGAUUCCAUCUGUGGAACAUCAGGGGCCUUCAGAAAAACUACAACUGAACUUUACAACAUGUGUGUGUGUGCGUUUGUAUGUUUGCUUACACUUGAAUAUUCUAUGUGAAUAAUAAAUCCUACUUUGACAACUGUUAAAGGAAUAGUUCACCCAAAAAUAAACAUUGUGUCAUUAUCUACUUAUUAUCUAGUUUUUUUUAUUCUGUUGAGCACUAAAGAGGAUAUUUUGAUAAAUGAUGGUAAGCACCCAGUAGACUUUACCCAUUGACUUCCAUAGUAGGAAAAACAAAUACCUUGGAAGCCAAUGAGCCCAACAACUGUGUGCUUACCAUCAUUUAUCAAAAUAUCUGCUUUUGUGUUCAACAGAAUAAAGACAUUUCUACAGGUUUGUAUCAACAUGACGGUGAGUAAAUGAUGACAGGACUUUUAUUUUUGGGUGAAUGAUUUGUUUUGCAUUGUGUCAUUAUUGUCAUGACUGUAAAGAUGAACAUGUGCUGGAGAUUUAUGUUUAUUGUCAUGAAAAUAAUGUCACAUUGUCUAAAUGGCCUUCAAGCACGCAGUGUCGCAUUGGUUUUCUUUGAUGAAAUUUGAUGAGAAGAUUGACACUUUAACUCUUUAGUGACUAAACCAAAGGAAGAUCAUGUGCCCUGUGACAGAGAUAUAACAUUGUUCAUAUAUAUAUUGAGUGUUUGUGUGUCUCUACCCUCAUCCCUUGUAAAGCUCUGUGUGUUUGUUGUAUACACAACAAAAUAAUUUGUCUAACUCAUGUUUUGCUUUCAACCUGAUGUCAACAGGUUUGUGUGUGGGUUAGAUUUAGGGUGUAGUUAAAGUCAUUAGGACUGCAAAACUAUUAAUCGUGACUAAACUAAUGUAUGUGUGUGUAUAAUAAUGAUGUGUAUAUAUAAAUACACACAUGCAUGUAUAAUUUCAAUGAAAAAAUAUAUUUAAAUAUCAAGAGUUGAUAUAGUAUAAAUUAUAUAUAACUAUAAACAUGUAUAAAUAUAUUUGUAAAUAUUUCCUAAAUAUAUGUACAUGCAUGUUUGUGCAUUUAUAUAUCAAUAAUUAUUAUACACAGUAAACACACACACACAUAUGAUGUAAAACUAUUCUGCAGACCAUUAGUGGUGAUUAAUUGUUUUGCAGCUUUUAAAGUCAUUAUCCUGAUAUGAAAACUGAUGUGUUUAUCAGAGGUCAACACCAUUAAGAAUGAUCUUUCUCAAGAGAUUACCUUCAAACUUGAUCAAAAAUACCUGAAUCUGAUCAUCCAGGUGUUUGAACUGAACUCUACAGAUGAUGGUGAGUCGAAGGUUUCCUCUGUAAUUGUGUAUAUGUACUGUAUGUGUGUACUGUAUUUGUGUAUAUGUCAGUCACGUGAUCUAUAUGCUGCCUGUGAUGUGUUUAUAAUCCUUAAGUGCCUAAGGAAACUAUACAUAUGAACAAACUGACUUUAUCUCCUGAUGAUGUAUUACUGUUAUGAAGACUUCAAAGGGAAAGAGCGGUGGUAUCAAAUAUUUGGGUCAGGUUUGGUCUUAAAGGAAUAGAUCAGCCAGAUGUGUCAAUUCUGUCACUUUCAUCUCAUUUUAAACCAGUACUGAAUGUCUUCCUUAGUCAAAGCUGUCUCUGAAGAUCCUCUCUCUGUUUACUGUGGAGUCAAGAAAUAUCUGAACAUUAAAAGGUGAAUAUGA